AAAAUAUAUAAUCAACAAAUAAAAUUUUUUAAAAAGAAGAAAAGAUCCUAUUGAGACCCCCUGGGAAAAGAGACAAAGGGAGAAGAAGAAGAAAAGGAAAGGUUGGGGGCUUCUACCUUGGCCCUGCUACCCACUGGGCAGCCCUCUGACUACUCACGUCCUUGGAGAGGGGUGCCCUGGAUUCACCUUUCCCCACUAAGGAGCUCUAGAGACCCGGGACCAUGAACACUCUGAAUAGGAACCAGAUAGGCCCUGGAUGCAAGACCCAAGCCAUGUUGCAGAAAGGACCCUUGGACCUGAUUGAGACAGGCAAAGGACUUAAAGUGCAAACAGACAAACCCCAUCUAGUGAGCCUGGGAAGUGGACGACUCAGUACAGCUAUCACCCUUCUGCCGCUGGAGGAAGGGAGAACGAUGAUUGGCUCUGCGGCCAAGGACAUCACACUGCAGGGUCCAGGCCUGGCUCCUGAGCACUGCUACAUCGAGAAUCUGCAGGGCACCCUUACCCUCUACCCUUGUGGCAAUGCCUGUGCUAUUGAUGGGCUCCCUGUCCAGCAGCCCACCCGGCUCACUCAGGGCUGCAUGUUGUGCCUGGGUCAGUCCACCUUCCUCCGCUUUAAUCACCCAGCCGAAGCCAAGUGGAUGAAAAGCAUGAUUCCAGCAGGGGGCCGGGCUCCUGGGCCCCCCUACAGUUUUGGCCCAGCAGAAUCAGAAAGCUUGGUGAAUGGGAACCACACUCCACAGCCUGCAAACCAGGGGCCUUUGGCCUAUGCCAGCCAUAGUUCCCUGGUGAGCUCUAUUGAGAAGGACCUGCAGGAAAUCAUGGAUUCACUGGUGCUAGAGGAACCUGGAGCUACUGGCAAGAAGCCUGCUGUAACUUCCCCACUUUUGCCUAUGGCUAAUGGUGGUCGUUACCUGCUGUCCCCCGCAACCAGCCCCGGCACCAUGUCUGUGGGCUCCAGCUAUGAGAACACCUCUCCAGCCUUCUCUCCACUCUCCUCACCAGCCAGCAGUGGAAGCUGUGCCAGCCACUCACCUAGUGGCCAUGAGCCAGUACCUUCCAUACCUCCGCUGAUACCUGCUCGUUCCUCAAGUUACCAUUUGGUUCUGCAGCCCCUACAGUCCCCACCUAGUGGUGGCCACUCCUCUGAGAGCCCUUGGCUGGGCAGGAAGGCAGGUAAUGAGAGGCCUCUGAGCCCUGGCCUCCGGGGUCUGCUGACAGACAGCCCUGCAUCUACUGUCUUGGCAGAGACCUGCAGAACCACUGAGAAACCCUGGCUGGGUGGGCAGCUGCCUAUGGUGGCUAUCAGCCUGAGUGAAUACCCAGCUUCCAGUGCCCACAGCCAAUCCCCCAGCAUUCCUGGCAGCCCUAAGUUCCAGCCUCCAGUCCCUGUUCCCCAAAACAAAAUUGGCACACUUCAGGACUGCCCUCCCAGCCCUCUCCGUGAGCUGCCAGGCACUGAGCGGGUGUUGACGACUAGCCCCUCACGCCAGUUGGUGGGCCGAACAUUUUCUGAUGGGUCAGCCACGCGCACCUUGCAGCCUCCUGAGAGUCCCCGCCUGAGCCGGCGGGGCCUGGACAGUAUGCGAGAACUCCCUCCUUUGAGCCCAUCUCUGUCCAGACGGGCUGUCUCCCCCAUGCCCUCUCGGACCACCCCAGACCCCAAACGAACCAGGGAAGUGGCAGAGAGUCCCCGGCUCCGGCGCUGGGCAGCCCAUGGGGCUUCACCAGAGGACUUUUCACUGACACUGGGGGCACGUGGCCGUAGGACACGGAGCCCCUCGCCCACACUUGGGGAGUCACUGGCACCUCGCAAGGGCAGCUUCAGUGGCAGGCUGAGCCCAGCCUACAGUUUGGGCUCUUUGACUGGGGCAUUGCCCCGGCAGAGCCCCCGUGCCCGGAGGAAGCUCUCCAGUGGAGACUUACAGGUGCCUGUCACUCGAGAACGGAAAAAUAGCAUCACAGAGAUCAGUGACAAUGAGGAUGACCUUCUGGAGUACCACCGGCGGCAGCGCCAAGAGCGGCUUCGGGAGCAGGAGAUGGAGAGGCUGGAACGGCAGCGCCUGGAGACCAUCCUCAACCUGUGUGCAGAGUACAGCCGGGCUGAUGGGGGACCUGAGGCUGGGGAGCUCCCCAGCAUCGGGGAGGCCACUGUAGCAUUGGCAUUGGCAGGCCGGAGGCCCUCACAAGGCCUCUCAGGGGCCAUUGUAACCUGUGGGCGGAGCAAUGAGGAGCCUGGAGGUACCACCCAACGCCUGUGGGAGAGUGUGGAACGCUCAGAUGAGGAAAAUCUCAAGGAGGAGUGCAGUAGCACUGAGAGCACCCAGCAGGAGCACGAAGAUGCACCUAGCACCAAGCUCCAAGGAGAGGUGCUGGCCCUGGAGGAGGAGCGGGCUCAGGUGCUGGGGCGAGUGGAGCAGCUCAAGGUCCGUGUAAAGGAGCUGGAGCAGCAACUGCAGGAGUCAGCCCGAGAGGCAGAAAUGGAGCAGGCGCUGCUGCAGGGGGAGAGGGAGGCAGAGUGGGCCCUGCUGCAGAAGGAACAGAAGGCAGUGGACCAGCUGCAGGAGAAGCUGGUGACCUUGGAGACGGGCAUCCAAAAGGAGAGGGACAAGGAGAGGGUGGAGCUGGCCACGGGACGGAGGCACCUGGAGGCCCGCCAGGCUCUCUACGCCAAGCUCCAGAUGCAACUCGAUAACUGCCCCGAGUCAGUGCGGGAACAGUUACAGGAGCAGCUGAGAAGGGAGGCAGAGGCUCUGGAGACAGAGACAAAGCUCUUUGAGGACUUGGAGUUCCAGCAGCUGGAGCGGCAGAGCCAUGUGGAGGAGGAGCGGGAGUUGGCCAGCCAGGGGCUUCUCCUGAGCAAGGCUGAGCUGCUCCGCAGCAUCACCAAGAGGAAGGAACACCUGGCAAUCCUGGACAGUCAGGCUGGGCAGAUCCUGGCUCAGGCUGUGCAGGAGUCGGAGCGCCUGGCCCGGAACAAGAAUGCCUCCCUGCAGCUGCUGCAGAAGGAGAAGGAGAAAGUGACUAUGUUGGAAAGAAGAUACCACUCACUCACAGGAGGCAGGCCUUUCCCAAAGACCACAUCGACCCUCAAAGAGAUGGAGAAGCUGCUGUUCCCUGCUGUAGACUUAGAGCAAUGGUACCAGGAGCUGAUGGCCGGGCUGGGGACUGGCCCCACUGCAGCUUCCCCUCGCUCCUCCCCCCCGCCUCUGCCUACCAAAGCUUUUUGUCAACUGCAGGUUUACCGCUCCAAGAUGGAUGGGGAAGCAACCAGCCCUCUGCUCCGUAACCGCAGUGGUCCCCUUCCCUCUUCCUCUGGCUCUUCCUCCUCCUCUUCCCAGCUCAGUGUGGCUACCCUGGGUCGUAGCCCCUCCCCAAAGGGUGCUCUACUCGCCCAGAAUGGCACAGGAAGCCUUCCUCGCAACCUGGCAGCCACACUGCAGGACAUUGAGACCAAGCGCCAGCUGGCCCUGCAGCAGAAGGGACAGCAGGUAAUUGAAGAGCAGCGGCGGAGAUUGGCUGAGCUGAAGCAGAAAGCAGCAGCUGAGGCUCAGUGCCAGUGGGAUGCCCUGCAUGGGCCAUCCCCCUUCUUGGCAGGCCCCUCAGGCUUCCCCCCACUCAUGCACCACUCCAUUCUGCACCACUUGCCAGCUGGGCGGGAGCGUGGGGAGGAGGGUGAACAUGCCUACGACACACUGAGCCUGGAGAGCUCUGACAGCAUGGAAACCAGCAUCUCCACAGGAGGAAACUCAGCCUGCUCCCCUGACAAUGUGUCCAGUACAAGUGGCCUGGAUACCAGCAAGAUUGAGGAGAUGGAGAAGAUGCUGAAAGAAGCUCACGCGGAGAAGAGCCGGCUUGUUGAGUCAAAGGAGCAGGAGAUGGAGCUACGGCAUCAAGCCCUGGAGGAGGAGCGGAGGCAGCGGGAGCGCGUAGAGCGGAAGCUUCAGAGUGAGAGCACCAGGAGGCAGCAGCUGGUGGAGAAGGAGGUCAAGAUGCGGGAGAAACAGUUUUCUCAGGCACGACCCUUGACCCGCUAUCUGCCAGUCCGGAAGGAGGACUUUGAUCUGAAGACCCACAUCGAGUCCUCAGGCCAUGGUGUCGAUACCUGCCUGCACGUGGUACUCAGCAGCAAGGUCUGCCGAGGCUACUUGGUCAAGAUGGGCGGCAAAAUUAAAUCAUGGAAGAAGCGCUGGUUUGUCUUCGACCGGCUCAAGCGUACCCUUUCCUAUUAUGUGGACAAGCAUGAGACAAAAUUGAAGGGGGUCAUCUAUUUCCAGGCCAUCGAAGAGGUAUACUACGAUCACCUGCGCAGUGCAGCCAAGAGCCCGAACCCAGCCCUGACCUUCUGUGUGAAGACCCAUGACCGGUUGUAUUACAUGGUGGCCCCAUCUGCAGAGGCCAUGCGCAUCUGGAUGGAUGUCAUUGUCACCGGGGCUGAGGGCUACACUCAGUUCAUGAACUGACUGUUGUGGGCCUCCUGGACCCAUGCCUGACCACCUGCUACUCUGCUUGCCCCUGGAGACAGAGUAACACCCUGGGCCCCAGACCUCACUGGGUGCUUCCAGAGGCCCUGGGAGAGUAGAGCAUAACUGGUGCUUUUGUAUAAGAAGAGUUUGCAAUGUUCUCUAAGGAGCUCAUUCUGGGAGUUUCUGAGCUUGAGCUUCCUAAAGAAUCAGUCAAGAGAUCAAAGGUAGGGAGGGGGCUUUAUAGCCUCCUGGAAGCCGAGCACUUGCAAUAACUCUUCAGGGUCCUGUGCUCCUUGGCCUGUGUUCUCUUUUGUAAAGGACAGUUAUGGUACCAGAAUUGGCCAAAGAUUCCCUCUUGUCUCAGCCCCCUUUGCAGGAGCAUUGGGGCUGAGCAGUACCACAUCCAGAGUGGGGCAACAGCUCAGGCAGUUUCUCUCUCAAACCCUGCUCUUACCCCUUUGUUUUCCCACAUCCAUAUUUUUAAAAAAGAUUUCAUUUGUUCAUUUCCAGAGAGAGGGGAAGAGAGGGAGAGAGACUUCACUGUGUGGUUGCCCCUUGAGUGCCUCCCACUGGGGACCUGGUCUACAACCCAGCCCUGACUGGGAAGUGAAUUGGGGACCCUUUGGUUUGCAGGCCGGCACUUAAUCCACUGAGCCACACCAGCCAGGGCCCGCAUUCAUAUUUUUUAUUACCUUGCUCAAGGGUCAGAGACCAAAUUUUAUCCUUGAGGUUUGGGCCCCAUCCCCUUUUUGCAGACCCAUCGCCAUGGUCACCACUGUAACUGCUUCAUUGCCAUGGUUACAUACUAAUUUCGUUGGCUCCAUAGCUCAGCAGCUUAGCCCACUGCUUAAGCUGUGGGCCCAUGUGAGGGUACAUGUGCCAUCGUCUCUCCAGCCCAGGCUGCUGGGCAUCUCAUGCUGUGGGGAAGGAACUGAAAACCUCCCUGUACCAGCCUGUGUCUCUAGGCCCUGAUGUACAGCCUGCUGGCCCCUUGGGCGAGCCCUCUCCCUUCCACUUGUGCCUUUCUUAGAGCCAGAAGGGAUGAAACCAGGGUAUCUAGAUCCAGAGAAGUGAUAUGGAUGAUUGAGAAAGCUAGAAGGGCUGAGUUUCUGACAGGGACAGAGGACUACUCCAUGAGAAAACCUGAGCAGGAGAGGAGCAGCAGAGAAGGAAGGCCUGGAAGCCCAGCUUCCCUACUUCAGCCACAGAAGGAUGAUGAAAAUGGAGAGCAAAGGACUAGGCCUCAGUAGUCUGGCCUCAGUCCUUCCCGCCUUAACACUAAUCCCACCUCCCUGCUCCCUUCUCCAGCACUGGGCCAUGGUUGCUGGGUCCAGGCUGGGUGAUUUGCAAUAUUUGUAAGCAUCUCAGCAGAACAAUAAAGCAUUUGGAGUAUGUU